AUGAGGGACGUUGAGACAUUGGAUCUUGAUGAGCUGAUCGGGUCAUUACAAAACUAUGAGAUGACCUUGAAGAGGUGGAGCAAGAACAAGAAGCCAAAAGAUUCUGAGAAGGAUAAACCAGAGAGUGGUGUGGCGUUUGUUCACAAAGAAGAAAAGUCUAAAAGUGUAAAUAUGUCUGGGGACAUGUCUGAUGAAACAUUCGCACUGUUGACCAAAAACUAUGCCAGAUUCCUCAAGAAGAACUUUAAGAAGAAUAACUAUGGAGGGAAGGAAAAUCAAAACAGGAAGCAGCCCUACAAAGAUCCCAAACAAGGUCAACAACCUGAAAAGAAGAAUCAUGGAAUCCAAUGUCGUGAGUGUGAAGGAUUCGGUCACAUUCAAGCCGAAUGCGCUAACACACUCAAAAAGAAGAAGGCGCUUGUUGUAACCUGGAGUGACAGCGACGAAGAUAAAGAAGAAAACAACAGUAAUGAUUCUGAUGGAGAAAAGCAAAUGGUGGCCUUUAUGGCAAGAAGCUCCAAAUCCAAAACCUCAGAAGAAGAAGAAUCAUGUGGGUCCGAUGAGGAGAGUCCCCAGAAACAAGCGGCGUAUGAGCAGAUGUUUGCUCAGUGGGGGUACAUAGCAAAAAAGAUGAAAGCUCUGGAUGACCUUAACAAAAAGAUCGAAGCUGAGAAACAAGCUCUAGAAACCCAUGUACAGAAGCUCAUCAAGCAAUUGGAGGAAAAAGAGAGUGAGAUUUACAAGAUCACAGCUGAGCUUGUCCGUGCUAAGCAAUCGUUAGAGUUUAUUCCUCCUAGUACAAUCGCUAUAAAUAAGACGUUACAACUUCAGAAGGCAUAUGGUGACAGAACUUCAAUUGGAUACAAAAUGUUGUACAAAAAGGGGAAUGAUUUGUCAAUUGAGGAGCCAUCAUUCGUUACAGCCAAAUCUGAUCCCAGCGGAGAUGAGUCUGUAGGUAAGGCUGAUGAGACAGAUGUCAGUAUUAAGGACAACACUGGGGGAAGAACCAUUUUUGUACACAAAUCAGCCCAAGGAAGUCGAUUUGUCCCCAUCUGCCACUUUUGCAAUAGACGAGGGCACAUUCGUCCGAGGUGUUACAAAUUACAAAACUAUAUCAAGCUCUUGGUCCGGAGAAACACAAUGUUUCUGGAUAAGACAUCUAAAAGGGAUGGCCGUUCCAAGAAAAGUAGGAAUGUCGCUUUGGUGGCUCAUACAUCUCUUGCUGCGUUCAAAGAUGAUUUGUGUUAUUUCGAUAGCAGUUGCUCGCGUUACAUGACAGGGAAUAAGGAAAUUCUUAUGAACUUUAAGGAAACAAGAGAGGGACUAGUCACAUUCGGAGAUGGGAACAAAGGACAUAUUCUUGGUAAAGGAGAGCUAGAGAUCGCGGGAGUCAGUCCACUAUCAGAAGUGCUCUAUGUGAAGGGACUAAAGGCCAAUCUCAUCAGCAUAAGUCAGCUUUGCGACGCUGACUAUACGGUAAGUUUCAAUAAAACUCGUUGUUUAGUUUCAUUUGAUGGGUGUUCAAUUUUGACAGGAAGUAGGAUAGCUGAUAAUUGCUAUGCAUUAUCCACUCAAAUCAAGUGUCAACGAGUGUUCCUAGACAAACCUGAUCUGUGGCACUAUCGCUUGGGACAUUUGAACUAUCGAGAUCUCAAAAGAAUUGUGAAGCUAAGGGUAGUUAGAGGGGUUCUGGAGUUAAAGGUUAAUCGUGACAGACUUUGCGGACCAUGUCAACUCGGGAAACAAAUUAGAGCUUCACAUCCACCACUGAAUGCUCUUGCAACAUCCAGAGUUUUGGAAUUGCUGCAUAUUGAUCUCAUGGGACCCAUGCAGAAUGAAAGUUUGAGCGGAAAAAGGUUUGUCAUGGUCUGUGCCGACGACUACUCUCGGUUCACAUGGGUGGAAUUCAUCAAAGAAAAAUCAGAUACAUUUGGGGUGUUCUCUGCCUUAUGCCUAAAGCUCCAGAAUGAGAAGUCAACGAAAAUUGUCAAAGUGUACAGAAUCAGAAGUGACCAUGGAAAGGAGUUCGAAAACAGGUUGUUUUCUGAUUUUUGUGAUCAGCUGGGGAUCUUGCAUGAGUUUUCAGCCCCAAAAAUGCCCCAACAGAAUGGGGUUGUGGAAAGGAAGAAUAGGACGCUUCAAGAAAUGACAAGGGUAAUGAUGGAGGCUAGGGAAAUAACCAAAAGGUUCUGGGCAGAAGCUAUGAAUACAGCUUGCUAUAUCAAUCGUGAGAACCUUGGAAAAUUUGAUUCCAGAAGUGAGGAAGGUAUCUUUGUUGGGUAUUCGAUAAACAGUCGCGCCUACCGAGUGUUUGUCAAGCGGACUCACUCGGUGAUAGAAUCUAUCAAUGUCAAGUUUGAUGAUCUGGAAGUGCAAGAAGAGUCCCCAGAAGAAGAAGAUCAACCUGUGCUAACCAUUCCUUCUGGAGGUAUUCCUGGUCCCUCGACUCAUAAUCAAACUCCUACUUCCUCCACAAACACAGAGCAGACUGUUUCAACUGAGAACCUCCAAGAUCCAACUGAUCCAGAUUCUGAAAUCACCAGUAAGCAACAGUCCUCAACUGCUCAUGCCAAGCUAUACAAGAACAGGCCACCUGCAUGGAUUUAA